AUGCCAUCUGCGUCCCCCAGAGCCCUCCAAUCUCCACAAAAAACGCCCAACAAAGCCGCGCUGAACCCGAAUGUCACCAAUGUUGUGCUGGGAAACCUCCACAUCAAGCCAUGGUAUCCGUCCUUCUAUCCGGAAGACUUGGUCGGUGGGAGGAAGGCAGACUGGCUGUAUGUGUGUCAGUGGUGCUUCAAGUACACGUCGGAGAUUAUGAAGUAUAGUACGCAUUGCGUGAUCUGUUCCAUGAAAUCGGAGCCACCAUACGGCGAGGUGAUCUAUGACAAGGACGAGUAUGUCAUCCAUAAGAUCGAUGGCGAGGAGUCCAAGCUCUACUGCCAAAACCUCUCCCUCUUCGCCAAACUUUUCCUCGAAACGAAAUCGGUCUUUUUCGACGCCUCCACCUUCCUCUACUACACACUCAUCCUUAAGACCCCCGAUCACCCAUAUGGCCAAGUUGCUGGAUUCUUCAGCAAAGAGAAGAUGUCUUGGGAUAACAACAACCUGGCCUGUAUUCUGAUCUUCCCGCCCUGGCAGCGACGAGGUCUGGGUCAAGUUCUCAUGGCUGCAUCAUACGUGUUAGGCAAGCGAGAAGGACGCUUUGGCGGGCCUGAACGGCCAUUGAGUACGUUGGGAAGGAAAGGAUACAUCACAUACUGGUGUGGAGAGGUGGCGAGGUUCAUUCUGGGCUGUCCCAAACAAAAGACGGUAAAGAUCAAGGAUGUCAGCGAUGAGACUUGGAUCAUGCCAGAGGAUGUGGUGGCGGCGCUGAAGGAGAUGGAUGUGUUGGAGAAGAGGAAGACUGCGAGUGGGAGUAUUGUGGUGAAUAAGAGCAAGGUCAGAGCGUGGGCAGAGAAAAGCAAGAUCAGCAUGGACCCUGUGGUGGAUGUGGAGGCUUUUGUGGAAGAGGAGGAAGAUGACGAAGAAGAAAGUGAAGAGAUGGAGGAGUGA